CGUGUUUGAGCAUGUACUUACGCGUACGUAUGUGACAUGCGUGUCACUGUCACGUGAGCUUGUUUCGAAAUGGCUGCUUCUGGAUUGAAAGUGAGCCAUAAAGAGCCGCAGUUUAAAUGGACCUUAAGAGAUCAACUGAUACUGGCGUCUUCUGUGCAGAGAAGUGGGGAUCAGAAUUGGGUUUCAGUAAGCAGGGCUAUUAGACCAAUCAUAGAAGAAACUAGAUCAUCGGAACAUUUCUCACAAAAAAAUUGCGCCAUCCAAUAUGCUGCCAUGCUUGAUAAAGCAUCCACUCCAAAACGUAAGAGAAAGGAGGACGGUGCCCCAGACGUUGUGGAAACUGUUGAAGAACAAAUUGUACGACAUUUAACUAGCAAAAGAAUAAAAGAACUUGACAAAGCAUUGGUGAAAACAAGAGAAGAAUACACUGCUCUUAAAAAAGAUAUAGAGUUAUUAGAAAAAGGUGAAUUAACAGAUGCCCAGCUACAGGCAAUGUGGGACCAGAUGCAACCUGACAUAAAGCCAGCAGCCCCCACCAUUAAGAGCCCUGUGAUGAAGAUAUCUCCACUUGUAUCAGCUAGUAGGAAAGAGACAGGAGGAGGAGGAGGAGGAGAAAUUAAAGUGGAGAAAAUUCAAGAGGAACCACCUCUUAAACCAGUAGAUGCUCCACCAAAGCCCCCAAGUAGUUUGGUAUCUGUAAAACAUUCCCCACCUGCAGAAGCACCUGUACCUGCAGGUGGGAGUGUUACUGAUAGUGUUAGUGAGACUCCAGAGGCUAAAGCUUCAGAACCCGAUCCCGUUCCACCUCCUCCUAUUGAUGCUGUUAAAUCUCCUACUACCGUUCAAAAAGAGGCGGAGCCAAGAGAACAAUCCACAUCCAUCAACGAGGUUGCGGAUAAAGAGGUUACACCAGAAAAACAAGAAGAAGAGAAGCCAUUGGAAGUUGUUGACGAUCCUUCACCAGAGGAAGAGACUAAGAAAGAAGAAGAGAGAGAGGAAGAGAAAGAAACAAAGAAAGAAGACACUAAAGGAAUUAGGAUUGUUCUAGAUAAAUGUACACCAUAUCAUCCCGUCUUUAAUAAAGAUGAAGAAAAAAUGGAAGAGGAAAAGAAAGAGAUGGCUCCGCCCUCUGGAUCUGAGAAGGAGAAAGAAAAAGAGGCGGAGCCAGUAACCAUAACUACGCAGGAAGAGAAAGUACAUGUACAAGAGGAGGAGAGGGUUAAAAAAGAGAAGGAGGUGACUCCGCCUUCCCCAGCUACCCCACGACAACUGAGAGUGAGAAAACAGGAACAUGUUUCUGAUCCUUCUGAUAUGGCCACGCCUCUAAGAGUUAUCAAAGCACAAGAGAGUGGUAAAGUUCAAUCGGACGAAGAAAGUGGUGGGCGUGUAAGAAGAGGACGUCCUCCUGGAAAGAGAGGUAGAGGCGUGCGUGGGCGGCCGAGGCUAGAGGUGAGAGACACACCUCCUUGCGAGGAAGAGUCAGAGGAAGAAGUUUUAUCAGCUUUUAGUUCUGCUGUGUCGAGUCCUUGUCCUUCACAAGGGGACACUGAUUCCGAGAAUCAGCUCUCAUUCCGGAGCUGGAGAAAGACCAUUAUGUUAGUGUGGAGACAUGCAGCUCAGCAUAAAUAUGCUAAUUUGUUUCUUCAUCCAGUUAAAGAGGAGAAUGCUCCCGGCUAUUAUGAUGUUGUAUUAAAGCCAAUGGAUUUAACUACAAUAAAGAAGAACAUUGAAACAGGAGUUAUCAGGACUGACGUUGAAUUCCAACGUGACAUGUUGCUCAUGUUUCAAAAUGCCUUCAUGUACAACAGCUCCGAUCACGACGUGUACAAGAUGGCAGAAGAGAUGAGAUAUGAUGUGAUGGAAAAUAUACAAGAAUAUUUAUUGACUCAGAUGAUGGUACAGUCAAGUACAACAUCGAAACUCCUCAGAAGCAGCAAUAAAGGAUCGGAAGAGAAGACGCCAGUUACAGGUUCUAUGAACACUAACAGGAAAACCUCUGGUGGAAGUGGAGGGGGAAAUGACGAUCCUAUUCCUUCUGGCCGUAAAAGACGCCUGAGAUUAGAAGACUAACUUGAUAAUUUUAACAUGGUUAUCUUUAAAAAUUUGAUGUGAUUACACUUUAAAUUACACAUCUAUUCAUUUUGUAUUAGCUCCA